CUCCCUGCUUUCAGAGACAGCCACGCGCCAGAGCUCGCUGCCUCUGUUUUCCCGGAGCUGCGGCUGCUUCCACUGCUGAGAUGCCUCCCCCCAGCCUGGAGAUGGGGAGCGGCCAGGUGCUCCCAGCCUUCCUGCUCUGCAGCACUCUGCUGGUCAUCAAGAUGUAUGUGGUGGCCAUCAUCACUGGCCAAGUGAGGCUUCGGAAGAAGGCUUUUGCCAACCCCGAGGAUGCUCAGAGACACGGAGGCCUCCAGUAUUGCCGGAGCGACCCUGACGUGGAACGCUGCCUCAGAGCGCACCGGAACGACAUGGAGACCAUCUACCCCUUCCUGUUCCUCGGCCUCGUCUACUCCUUCCUGGGGCCCGACCCUUUCGUCGCCCGGAUGCACUUCCUCGUGGUCUUCCUGGGCCGCAUGGUGCACACCGUGGCCUACCUGGGCAAGCUGCGUGCACCUACCCGCUCCCUGGCCUACACCCUGGCUCAGCUCCCCUGUGCCUCCAUGGCCCUGCAGAUCGUCUGGGAAGCAGCCCGCCACCUGUGACCAGCCAUUGACACCUCGGCCGCCAGACCACUGGCCACAAGCCACCUCGGCCGCCAGACCACUGGCCACAAGACUGUUCCCAGGGCACUGGGCGCCCUUUCAAGGUGGUGAUAGGCCCCAGAGCCUGGUUACCUGGCAACCUGCUGAGCGUGAGAUCCUGGGCCCAGUGGGCCUGUGUGUGUUUGGAGGUGUGUGUGUGCACGUGUGCCCCUUGGAUUCCUUGGCAAAGUGGCCAGAUGGAACUGUUCAGAGAUCGGUUGUCAAGACUGAUAGAAAAUCCUUCCACUUAAAUAACAGAGCAUCAAAACCAUCACCCCUUCUCAUCCCUCAGAAUGGGAAAUGUGAGCGGACACUCGGUUCAGGUUUCUGAACCUAAUGACCCUCUGCAUCCAGGGCAGUAAUAAACGAGGACGUCUCAGAGCCA